AUGCGCCCUCACCAAGCCAAAACUAAUAAGAGUUACGGGAAAAUCAGGUUGGCCAAGAUUAAGGCUCAGGACCUUCGCGGCAAGAAGGAGCUACUGAAACAGCUGGACGAUCUGAAAGUGGAGCUGUCCCGGCUGCCGGUCGCCAAAGUGACAGGCCGCGCCUGGUCCAAACUCUCCAAGAUCCGAGUUGUCCGAAAAUCUAUUGCCGGUGUCCUCACCGUCGUCAACCAGACCCAGAAAGAAAACCUCAGGAAAUUCUACAAGGGUAAGAAGUACAAGCCCCUGGACCUGCGGCCCAAGAAGCCUAGAGCCAUGCGCCGCCGGCUCACCAAACAUGAGGAGGAGCUGAAGACCAAGAAGCAGCAGCGGAAAGAGCGGUUGUACCCGCUGCGCAAGUAUGCCGGCAAGGGGAAGAAUGGCCAAGUAAAACUCUCAAGUAGGGACGGCCAAAGUAAAGAAAUAGAGAGCAGCAGAGACAAGAACGGGAACAACUAUGACCAUCAAGAAGAGUCAGCAAGUCACCCAGGAGCCUACACAAAGAAGAGAAAUGGGCUUUUACCCGGUCCCAUCUCAACCUUCUCACAAGGUAGGGAAAUCUACGUUAUACCUCUCACCAAGCUGGGACUGAUGGUCAUUUCUCAUCAGGAUGUUAGUGCGAUCCUCAAGCUGCUGUGCCAUGAAGAAAGAUGA